ACGAUCAUCGGAAUGAAAAAGAACCGCCGGAGGUGACGAUGUCGAUGAUCAGGUCAACGGCGACGAUGUCGGAAUUGCUAACACCUACGCUGAAAUCCUCCAGAGGGUAUUUCAAUGCUCAUGGUAAAUUUGGCGUUUCCGUCUCUCAAUUUAGUCGGAGGAGAUUUCUCAAUCCGAGCAGAGUCUUCGCCGUUUCAGAUAUCAGUAAGCUCGUAACGGAGUUCGAUCCGAAUAUUCCGUUGGAGAGAGCAUCUACUCCGCCGAGCUCGUGGUAUACUGAUCCUCAAUUCUACAGUUUCGAGCUCGAUCGGGUCUUCUAUGGAGGAUGGCAAGCCGUUGGAUACUCUGAUCAAAUUAAGGAGAGUCGUGACUUUUUCACCGGGAAGCUUGGGGAUGUAGAGUUUGUGGUGUGCAGAGAUGAUAAUGGAAAGAUUCAUGCUUUCCAUAAUGUAUGUUCUCACCAUGCUUCUAUCUUGGCUUCUGGAAAUGGGAAAAAGUCUUGUUUUGUCUGCCCUUAUCAUGGAUGGACGUAUAGCUUGAGUGGAUCGCUUGUCAAAGCUACUAGAAUGACUGGGAUAGAGAACUUUGCGUUAAAUGAAAUGGGACUCAAACCUCUAAGAGUGGCUGUCUGGGGACCUUUUGUUCUCCUCAAAGUAACUCAAGCCACAUCGAGGAUGGGAGAAGAUGAGAGUGAUGCAUUAGUGGCAUCAGAAUGGCUCGGGACUUCUGUGGGAAGGUUGAGCGAAGGUGGAGUUGUUUCCCCACUUAGUUUCAUAUGCAGACGCGAAUAUACCAUGGAUUGUAAUUGGAAGGUGUUCUGUGAUAACUUCUUAGAUGGUGGAUAUCAUGUACCAUAUGCACAUAAAGGUUUGAUGUCGGGACUCAAUCUCGAAACCUAUUCUACAACGAUAUUCGAAAGGGUUAGUAUCCAAGAAUGUGGAGGUGGUUCCAAGGCUGGCGAAGAUGGUUUUAAUAGGCUUGGAUCUCAAGCUCUAUAUGCUUUUGUCUACCCAAAUUUCAUGAUAAAUAGGUAUGGACCUUGGAUGGACACAAAUCUAGUAGUACCAUUAGGACCAAGGAGAUGCAAGGUCAUCUUUGACUAUUUUCUUGAUCCUUCUUUAAAGGAUGAUGAAGCCUUUAUCAAGAGAAGUUUGGAAGAAAGUGAUAAAGUUCAGAUGGAAGAUGGUGUGUUGUGUGAGAGUGUUCAAAGGGGUCUCGAAUCUCAGGCCUAUGAGAAAGGAAGAUAUGCUCUUGUGGAGAAGCCAAUGCACCACUUCCAUUGUUUGCUACAUCAGAAUCUGAAACUUUGAAACUCUAGUCUGAAGAUACUGUUCUUGUAGCAUAUAUGUAUAUAUGUAUUUAUGUCUAGACUUUGAGCAUUUAAGGAUUAAGUUAACAGACUUAACAACAA